AUGGAGAGUACUCAUUUAAGUGGUAAAGAAAUUGUUUCUGCUAAUCAAGAUGAAUCUGGUUUGCAAGUCUUAGGUGAAACUAGUUUCUUAAGUCAAAAUUCAGAUGAGUUUUUAGCCGAGAAAAAAGAUGCUACACUCAAUGAUGACGAUGCUUUAGUCAGCGAUGAAGAUGCUUCUAUCAGUGAUUUCAGUGAAGAAGAGGACAUAAGCAACAAUGAGAAUUAUCUUCAGGUUGAAGAUGUUGAUGCUUUAGAGGCAAACAAUGAAAAUCAGAAAAACAUGAGCUCUAGUAACGGAAAAUAUAAGAUUGUGAGUUUUGAGCCGAAUCAUAACCAUGAUUUAGUGAAGACACCUAUGAAGCAUUUGCUGAAGAGUAACCGAGCAAUUUAUAUCUCUCAAAAACAACAUGCUGAUAAUGCUGAUAUGUCAGGAAUUUCAGCAAAAACAACCGUUGAAAUGAUGAGCAGAGAAGUUGGAGGGCGAGCAAAUCUGAGUUUUAUGGAUAAAGUCCUGAAAAACUACAUAUACCGUAAGCGAAUGGCAGCAAUGGAAAAGAGAGAUGCUGGAGCUGUUUUGGAGUACUUUCAGAAAAAGAAAGAGGAUAAUGCAUCUUUCUUUUACUCAAUGCAACUUGAUGAGGACGAUAUGAUCACUAAUAUCUUAUGGGCAGAUAAUCGGUCAAUUAGUGAUUACAAUCUUUUUAGAGAUGUCAUUUGCUUUGACACAACUUACAAGACCAACGAAUUUGAUAAACCGUUUGCUCCAUUUGUUGGCGUCAAUCAUCAUAAGCAGACUAUUUUGUUUGGUGCUGCUCUCAUAUAUGAUGAAACCACAGAGUUUUUUGAGUGGCUUUUUCAGACUUUUCUUGGAGCAAUUUCUGGAAAAUAA